CAAAUUAAAAAAAAUAUAUAACACUGCCGACUCCGAUGCAUCCAGUCCCCGGCGACGGGCGCCGUCCGCUCGCCGGCGUCGGGUGGGGUCCGACGCCGGCGAGCGGAAGGGGUCCUCCUCCGGCGAGCGGACGGGGUCCGCCACCGGCGAGCGGACGGGCAAAAAAUUCCAGGAAGUCAGUGGGGUUAACCUGCUUCGCUGGUCCGACGAUGGGGUACGGUUGCCGUCCAGUGCCCGGCGAAUUAUGCUGACGAGAUUGGUCCGGUGGCCGGCGACUUAGGCUGCCGUCCGGUGGCCGUGAAUCUGGCUGUGGUGUUUGUGGGGAGUUGGUGGUCGGGACUCGGGUAGUGUAUAUGUUAAAAAACCAUUUCAGCGAAUAGAAUAUAAAGAAAAUUUUGGAGGGCAAAAUUGUCUUUUUAGUGUUUUUUACGGGCGGCAAAUAGUAAUUACCCGGGCGGCAAAUAGUAACCCUCUUUUUUAAUAUGAGAGGUUGUCUAAAAUGACUAUAAAGGAUUUAUAAUAAA